AUUGGAGGACGUCGAUGGAUGUGGGCCUAGCGCGGGACUGCGGUAGGACUCGCGGGCGCGACGCAGUCAGGGCUUCGGGGGACACGGCGGGCUUUGCAGCCUGUGGCUAUGUGGUGAUGCGGGGGAAAGCGGCGAUGCUGGGCGCGGGUGUGGAGGCCCACAGCCUCUUGUUGCGAUUUUCCUCGAGACUAACUGCCCCUACGUGGACCGUUCUCCUACUCGUCUAGACGAGAGAUGUGAACUGUCCUGCCAUGGAGCUUGGCCCCAGUUUCAUGUCUGAAACACUCUCGGCUGUUUCUGACGUGCAGCUCGAACGACGCCGACGAGGGCGAGGACGAAGAGAGGAGGAGACUGUCACGCCCAUUUCUCCCUCUCUGCCGCAGUCGUCGUAAUCUGGUGACAUUUCAACGAUUGGAUUCCACGGACUCGGACUCGGACUCGGCAGGUGAGCGCCCAUUGCUUCGCACAGCUCCGGUUCCAGCUACCUCGGAGCAGUGCGAGCGGUCAUAGAGGUAGCUGGAACCUGUGGGAUGGACGGAAAUCUGCUGCGCAGUGGACACUCUCUGCACGAAGUAUAGGCUAGUGGAUCAGGUGGCAGGAGCUUGGACUCGAAGAGAAAUUCGGGCCUUUACAGUAGCUCAUACAUUUUCUUCAGGUUGCAGGACGCCCGCAGUUUGGAUCAGCUCAGGCGGCGCAAAGCUCCGCAGCGGGCCAUACUUCAAAGAAUUCGAGAAAUUGACUGAAUACAUUUUUAUUAGAUUUAAUUCCUUCGGCCAUGGCAGCUUGUGUCAAUGGUCUCUCGUCUUCCCUCUCUCGGAUGGUAAAUGCCGGAAACUCUGCUGAGCUGGGAAUUAAUUUUCCGUCCACCUCAUCUUCUCUUCCCACCUACGCCUCGAGGUUCAGAAAGGCAGACGCAACUGGAUUAGCAACUACAGAGGUCACAGGUUUGAGGAAUGGUAACGGAAGGAGGAGGAAUCACGCUAGAGGACUCGGUUCUUCCUUCUGGAAUCAACAAAGCUAUGUAAAAUUGUACAGGCUAGGAGAGGCAUGCGAUGGUCUGGGUCAAGAAGACGCGAGGCCAGUACCUGCUGUGGAAGCGAGGUUGUUUGGGCCAGCUAUUUUCGAGGCAUCCAAGCUGUGCGUGUUAUUUCUUGGAGUCGAUCAGGAGAAACAUCCGGAGCACGUGCCUCGCAGUUACACUUUGACCCACAGUGACAUCACGGCAGAAAUCACUCUGGCUGUGGCCAAGGAAAUCAACAAGGCACAGCUGAGAGGAUGGUACCGAAGACUCCAGAGGGACGAGGUUUUAGCCGAAUGGAGGAAGGCUAAGGGCCAGAUGUCUCUCCACGUGCACUGUCACAUAAGUGGAGGACAUUGGCUUCUCAAUUUGAUUGCUAAAAUUCGGUUCUACAUAUUUCGUAAGGAGUUACCUGUGGUGUUGGAAGCGUUCAUGCAUGGAGACAGGGCCUUAUUUGAAAAACAUCCAGAUUUGGCAAAAGCACCUGUUUGGGUGUAUUUUCACUCCAAUAUGGAAGAGUACAAUCGCGUUGAGAACUGGGGACCACUCAAUGAAGCAACCAAGGGAUAUUCACCAGCAGCCAGGAAAGCUAUUCAUCAUGCCGUCGAAGACAUUGAGCAGAAGUAUCCUCACCCUAUUUGCCCAGCACCGUGCAACUGUUGCUCACGCCACAGAAGUCUUAUUCCCUUUUCUGAUUCUUUCAACAACGGUUACCAACAAUUGCAACCCUUGUAACUUGUAGUCUUGUAAUUCCUGUUUCAGACAUGGGUUUUCCCUGACCUCGUUGUAAUCUUUGAUACUUUCGUUUCGAUGAUCAAAGUUGCGACAUUGUGAAGUGUACUGAUUCACUUGUCAGGUGCUCCCUGAAGAGAGUCAUGGUACCUAGUUUAAGAGUCAUAUACACCUGGACAUAAGGUCGGUUGUUCUUCAAGCUCAUGUAGUAGAAAUUUCUUGUAAUUUUAAGGUAAAUUGAAAACCCCUGCUAGAUAUUCCUUGUACUUUAGACAAUGAUAUCAAGUGUCGUGUACUGUUAUCAUUCUUUCACUGUUCAAUAGGGCAUAGCCCAAACCUGUGCAUAAUGCUCAAGAAGACCCACGCGGUGAUCUCCGUUCAAUUGAGCAAUCGCGGUGGGCUCCAUAAUUGAAACAUGGCAGCUGCCACUUC